GUGGAGGGUCCUAUUAUUUGUAACUGACACUGGGGGGCUGGUGGAAUCCCCGCACACAAGACUGAGUCAACUUGUAUGGACUGUCAACUCCCAUAGUAUUGUAAUCCCUGCAAGCACUCGAAAAACAGGGAUGUUUAAAAUUGCUAGGUUCUGAAAAUGAUAAAAAGCUGAAUCUAUCUGUGAAACACACUGUGCAUAAGUCAUUAUUUAACCCUGUGCUUUAUGAAGGAAAGUCUGGGUUAAUCAAGUGUUUUAAGACUAGGGAAAUAUUUCUCGUCUUCUAAAAGGGUUAUCCCUGCCUGGUUUGGAUAGAAACUUAAAUAUGAGUGGUACAGUGAAUGAAGAGGACCAGUAUAUGUGUGCCUGUCAGCCAGCCUUCAACUGUCUCCAUAACAAAAAUUACUGUAAUACCUCCAGAGGGGCAGGGUGUUUUGCCUUGAAUGGGGAGGAUGGUAUCCGUAAAGGCUGUGGGGCAGACAAGGAGAAGCACCUGUUAAACUGUCAGGGGAAGAGGAACGUGGUAUGGAGGCCAGACUCAGGGGGCCCCAACCUUGUGGUCAAGUGCUGCGCCUAUAAUCUCUGUAAUGUAGAUGUGGAAGAUCUGACACUACCACCCAAAGUAGUGGCUGAGGAGACAACAUUUAACAUGAACAUGUUAAUGGCGGUACUGGUUCCUAUUGGAGUCUUGAUCGUAGCCGUGGUAAUCGUAGUCCUGGUAUUCCGACACCUCCAGAAGCGGCAGCCCGGGAGUCAGGAGAGCCCCAGGGUGAGGGAGGAACUUCUGCCCCAGGAGUAUGGGGGAAUCAGGGUCACACAGGUCGGAGACAGUACUCUACAGGAACUGAUUGAUGAAUCUUGCACUUCUGGGAGUGGAUCCGGUCUUCCUUUUCUGGUCCAGGCGACUGUGGCAAGGAGUAUUUCACUCAUAGAAUGUAUUGGUAAAGGACGCUAUGGAUCUGUGUGGCGAGGGAGAUACCAUGAUGAGAAUUUAGCUGUAAAGAUCUUCUCAUCCAGAGAUGAAGCCAGCUGGUUACGAGAAACCGAAAUAUACAACACCUGUCUGCUCAGACAUGAGGGAAUUCUGGGAUAUUACGCCUCUGAUAUGACCAGUCGAAAUUCUUGUACUCAGCUCUGGUUAAUCAUGCAUUAUCAUGAAAAUGGUUCACUUUAUGACUACCUCCAAUCCACAACUUUAGAUUGGGAGGAAAUGUUACGACUUUGUCACUCUGCAGCUGCAGGUCUCGUGCACCUACAUACGGAGAUUGUAGGAAACCAGGGUAAAGCUGCCAUCGCCCACAGAGACAUUAAAUCAAAGAAUAUUUUGGUGAAGGGCAAUGGAAAUUGUUGUAUUGGGGAUUUAGGACUUGCUGUCACACAUACUCAAGAGAACAAUAAGAUAGACUUGGGUCGGAAUAAUAAAGUAGGUACUAAGCGGUACAUGGCCCCAGAGCUUCUGGAUGAGACCUUGAAUCCUGAGUAUUUUGAAGCUUUUAAACAAGUGGAUGUGUAUGCAUUUGGCCUUGUGAUUUGGGAGAUUGCAAGGAGAUGUGUUACAGAAGGAAUGUUUGAUGACUAUAAGCCACCAUUUUGGGAUGUGGUGCCCUCUGAUCCUUCAUUUGAUGAUAUGAAGAAAGUUGUCGUCAUUGAUCAACAACGACCAGCCAUUCCCAACAGAUGGUCCUCAGACUCUAUUUUACUCCAGAUGAGUAAAUUGAUUCAGGAAUGUUGGAAGUGUAACCCUAAAGCCAGACUCACUAGUCUUAGGAUUAAAAAGACCCUCAACCAGCUGCUUAAUCAGCCUCAGUGCAAAAAGAUCAAGGACACCAACAAAUGCUGAAGGUCACUGUACUGAGCUCUGAUUGGAUAUUUGACGUGGGUGUCUAAUUUAUUCUCCUGACAGCAGUUACCGGUACCU